AUGGCCUUGCCGUCUGUUUUUCAUUCGAUUCUGAAUCAGGCUGGUCUGGAGAGAUUAGAGGAGCUGGGAGUGGAAUCUACUUCUGAUCUGGCAAACAUCUUUUCUUCUGAAAGAGACAUUUUUGAUGUUUCAGCUGAUGCCGGUGUCGUGCAAGCGAUUACUCAAGCUUGGCACAUGGCACGUGUGAUGGAAAAUGUCAGAUUGGAGCAGAUGCCUGCUUAUUCUCAUCGAAGGUCGGAGCCUACCGCGCUUGAUUGCCCAGGUGUGCAGAGUGGGGCGGGGCUUCGCCCGAAGAUGCGUUGUAGACCACCCGCGCAGCUUUUGCCGAAGCCUUUCAGAGCAGGUUAUGCGGCUCCGCCUUUGAGGGGCUUGGCACCUAUUCCUGAUAAAAGAUUGGCUGCGUUGAAAGUUAUUCUUGAAGUGGUUUUGGCUUCAGGUUCAGAGAAUACACAGUUUGGUCCCGAACUUCGUGCCAAUGCUGCGGAUGCCUUUGAGUUGUUUGCAGCUCGCUUUAGGAAUGUGGUUGAUGCUAGAUUGCAGUCGCACGUUGGAGCAUUCAAGCGUUGGGUCAAGUGGCACAGCGCACAUGUACCUUCGGAUAUCGUGUAUUGGAAGCCUUCGGCGUUCUGGGUUGCUCGUUACUUGGCCGAUGUUAGCAAAGGCGGUCCUACAGCAUCUUGCCAUGCCUUUGCUUCGCUUAAAUGGUGGAGCUCCGUGGUGGGCUUACCUUUGCCGAUGGCUGAUGGCUUAGUGCUUGCAUGGGCUAGCCCGACAGCUGAGCAUGUGGUGCAACCUAGAACGCCGCUUUCACUUGGCAUUUUCUGGGCUAUGCUGCGAGCUUGGAAGUCUGCAUCAGGUACCGUGGCAUCCUUCUUAACGUGGACUCUCUUGUUGCUCAUAGCCUGCCUGCGUUUUGAGCAUUCCAGGCGGUCGCAUUCGCUUAGGCUGCAAGAUGGUUUUAUCCGGGCCACGUGUGCACAAGGUAAGAGGCGAGUGCAAGGGAGGAGGCCACCUUUUGAUUGGGCCAUCCCAGCUCGCAUCACGCAGACCAUCGACUUGUCGAGCCAGCUUUUCUUAGACUGGGCUGAGUUACAAGAGCAGUUAGGCAAGCCUCCUACUUUCAUUGUGCAGGACCUUGAUAUCGCGCGAGGUCAGCCGCUGUCUAGCGCGGCACAGAAGAUUGCUAGGCCCAUGACGUUGCCGAAGUUUAACUGUUUGCUUAGGCGUUUCAUGCCAACUGCGGCCGAUGUGAUGCAAUUUCAGCCGCAUGAAUGCCAGGCCAUAGGUAAUUGGGUUGAGCUUCCGCAGACGGAUGUGUCAUCAGGAAGCCGUUCCCUUCCGGUGGUGGGCAUGGCAAAGCAUUACGCACAUGACAAAACUAGCACCGCAGCCUUCGUCAAGCAGUUGCAUGCACCGUCCAGGGAGGCCAUUCUUCAGCACUUGCAGUCUGCAGAAGUGAAGAUUACACCACCGGUUGUUCCCAAAGAGGUGGUGGACUAUGAAAAGACAGCUUCGGAGUUGCCUUGGUUUGCACAGACUGCCUCAGGGAAGAAGCACUUAGUGCAAUCCCAGCAAGGUGUGGGGCUGGAUGAUGCGGAUGAGGUUUGUCAGAAGUGCUGGGCCAGGGCACCGAUUGCGUGGCGCGUUUUGCAGGCCAUGCCGGUGGAGUUGCGGUCCUUGGUUCUGCGGCUGCUGCUGGAGAUUGAGAGCGAGGCUAUCGCUGUGGAGUCCCAUGUGAGCAGUGCUUUGAGGGUACGUGCAAUAGGGGCAAGCCUUUUCACUCCCAUCACAAUUGCCUUCGCUGCCAUAAGGGCGAGGUGCAGGGUGAGUGCGGUAGGAGUGCUGUGGGCCAUGGCUAAAUCGAAUGAGUUUCGGAGAUGCCCUGAAGAUCAGAAGUUGCCUGAGCCAUUGAUUGCAUGGUGUGAAUCGACGCUGGGAAUAGAGACGCUUAGUGACUUUUGCAACAUCGUGACGGUGAAUGGCUAUGAGUCCGAGCUUGAUGUUGUCAUCUUGUCAGCGUGCGAGGACACCAAAGCUGCACCGAACAAGGCCUUGUUGCUUGCCAGGUUGCGUGCAGCAUGGCGUGCGGCUAGAGCAUCUAUCCUUAAGGUUGAGGCCCGCCAGAAAACCGGACAACCUGUCGAUGACCUCGAUGACCCGCUGGACCCGGCGACGCAAGAGAGCCUUCUGGAUGCGUGGCGGAAACGCUACAAUCUGGAGCUACCGGUGCACAUGGCUCCGAGUGACACGUUGCUGGGUAGAGUCUGGCGCGAGAUGCAGAGAGGCACGGUGACGGUCAUUGGCAUUGAUAAAGUCCGUAGUCUAUUCGCGGCCAACAGACCUCAAAAGGACAGAUUCCUGGACUUGGGUUCGGCGAAGCUUCAACUUAGGCCAGAUGAGGAAGCCAGAGCAGCACAGUCAGUGGCCGAAUAUUAUCAACGUCUGCGAGUGUUGUGCAAUGCAUACACAAUUGCCGGGACGUUCAAGGUGGAUUCGAAGCAGACCCCGGGCACCAAGGUGUUCAUGGCCCCACUGGGGGUCCUCCUGGAUUACUGCGAUGCGGUGCUUCGUCAUGCCACAGAUUCCAACGCUACCAUUGAGUGGUUGAAGAUUCGGGAUGAACAGUGCAGAGCCCGAAUGGUGGAGUUGGCUAGGCAACAGUGGCCCUUGGGCGAAGCAUUCUUCAAGGCCUGCCAGGAGCAAGAGCUCAUGUGGCAGCAACCUCCGUCACGAAAACGUGUGGAUCCUGAGUUGCAUGCUGCUUCGGACUCUCCCCCAUCAUCCAAGAAGGCCAAGACAGCUAAGGAGCACAGAGGCCGCUCAUUCUGCAAGCGCUGGAAUGACCAGCGGGAUGCACCAAAGAGGAUGUCGCAGCGCACAGGCAGUGGAGAUGACGGGUCAGUUGCAGUUGGCAUAUCGUUCAUGGCGGCGCCACAACCUCGCUUGGCUGCCAUAGCCAAAUCCUUGGCGAAAGCGCGGCAUGUGCAACUUGUGGCUGCAGACAAUGGGGCAACGACUAUGGGCAUGUAUAACCAGUCAGCUGCACGGGAUGUGAAACCAAUGGAGUGUGCAUGGCCGUGCCCAUCUCAGGUGGAGGCAUUGAUACCUACAGAGUGGGUGUACUACUGUGGGGUUUCGCCACUGCCGCAGACGCAUUGGUCGCUACACGAUAAGGGUCCCAUCUUCGUGAUUUCAUUGUUCGAUGGGAUUGGAGCGGCCUUUGUAGCACUGCUAGCGCUGGGAGUCACCUUCCGGGCGGUGGCAGUGGAGAUGGAUCCAGUUGCCACAGGAGUUUGUGCAGCAAGUUUUCGUAAUGUUGCGCAUUUUCCCGAUGCUAGAUCGUUCACUGCUGCAUGCCUGAGGCAAGAGUUCCAGACACAUGCAUAUGCGGCGGUUCUCGUGUUAGGAGGUUCGCCUUGCCAGGACAUCAGCCGGCUGAAUCGCAGCAGGAAAGGUUUGAAUGCACCCAGGACGCAGCUGUUUGCAGAGAUCCCGCGAGUAGCUCAGGAAUGCAGGGAUUUGUUGGCAUCAUUGAACACUCCCAUUCCAGUCUUGCAGCUGUUGGAGAAUGUGGCACAUGGCCCAACAGAGGUCAUGACAGAGUUUUGUGCGGCCAUGCAAAGCCGCCCACUCAUCGUGCAUGGGUCAUCUUUUGGUUGGGUUCGGCGGACCCGCAUGUUUUGGGGAGGUGAUGGGCACGCCGCAAUGUCGCAUGAUGUGCAGAGUGCCCUUCCCAAGGACAUUGCCGGAGCUCUGAGUGAAGACGACCUCAUGCAUUUGAGGUGGGUCGGUAAGAAGCCGUGGCCAGCGAGAGUGUUCUUUCAGGAUGGCUUCAAAACCUGCUUUCAGCCACAGGCCAACAUCGGAACCACGACGGACCAUGUGGGCUUUGCUACCUUCACACGGUCGUUUGAGCAUCCGAGGCUACCAGAUGUAGCAGCGUCAGAUGAGGCGCGCAGGCGUUACCAAGAAGGUGAGAGGGCCUACCCAGCAUUUGCAUACGAGGAUGCAUCAUUGUUGUGGAAAGGCCGCGAAUGGAGACAGCCAAAUGCUCAGGAGCGAGCCACGUUGAUGGGCAUCCCGAGCUCCAUCUUGCAGUGGGCAGCACCUGAGGAGGAGGAUGUCCAGCACAGAGAGCGAGUUAGGGCUUCGCUCAUAGGCAAUUCCUUUCAUGUUCCGUCGUUGAUGGUGGUCUUGAUGAUACUGCUGCAAAUGUCUCUUGACGUCCAGCAGCAGUUUGUGUCUCUUGAUGUCCAGUGGCCCGUGUUGCAAGUAGACGAUAAGGUCAGAGCAGCCGUGCGGAAAUUGCAGAUUUUCAAAGCUGAUUGUAUUUUAAGAAAUGCAGAAUCUGACUUUGGAGCGCCACAAUGGAGGCAGCAGAACCAUCGCGCAUUGGCAGCCUCCGCCUUGGGUGCGCAAAGAGGCGGCCCGCUGUCUAAGAUUGCAUGUCAGCCGUUGAUUCCGGAGAAGGUUGACAAGGCUACACAUAUGGCCUUAGGUACUUGCCUCCCUUCUCCGUACGAUACCCAUGCGGUCCUAGAUCCGGAUGCGAGUUUUGCAGUGCGAGUCAUGGUGGCCUUUGGCCCAUGCAUUCGGACGUGGCGGCGGCUGCAGCAGCGAGCGAUCCGUACAGUUCACAAGUUCUUGUCACCGUGGGAUGCUGCCUUGCGGAAUCUGAUGCCUGAACCUGUUUUCAAGGUCGCAUCGGAUAAGUGCCCGGCUAUGAUGACAGCGGAAUACACGCAAGAACUUCUUGAUCAUACGGUGAAAGAGAUAGAGAAAGGUUGGGCAGAUGGCCUGUUUACCAGGCAAGAGCUGGAUGAAGCCUUUGGUCAUUCCUGUUGGUUGCCGAUGCAGCGCUUCAUGCAUGUCCAGGCCUGUGGAAAGCAAAGGCCCAUCGAUAAUGGGCGGAGUAAUGGCCAUAACGCCUUGUCCUGGAUGCUUGAAACAAUCUGCACAAACACGCCUGACUUUGCAGCUGCAGCAUGUAGAGCCCUCAUGGAUUUGCUGCAUAAGUCCUUUGACGUGUGUCCUGCGUGGGCUCAGGUUGUCUUCGGCACCGAGGACAUGGAUCACGCCUACAGGCAAAUGCCUAACAUGCCUGAGGAAGCUCCAGGCCUGGUUGUCGGCAUUUGGCAUCCAACUGAGCAGAUUGUCAAGUAUGCAGUCAUGCGAGCCCAUCCGUUCGGUUUGGCUAGCGCUGUCUUGAAUUUCUGUCGAUUACCUACGUUGGCCACAGCGGCUACUCGACAGUGGACAGGCACAGCCACAGCGGGGUACUUUGAUGAUAGUGGGAUUUUAGAUGCGGUUUCUGCUAGAGGCUCGGGCCAGGAAUCGCUGCAUACAGUCUAUGGGGCGCUGGGAGUGACUUUGGAUGCUCCCAAGAGACAGCCUAUGUCGACGCAGCGCACAUUCCUAGGCGUCUUGCUUAAUUUGGCAGGAAUGAACGAAACUGCCACUAUGUUCAUUGAUGUGAAACCAGGCUUGCGCGAGACUUUGAUGGAGGAGCUUGACACGAUCUUGUCACAGAACCAUUUGUCUUCGGGGCAAGCAUCCAAGCUCAGGGGCAAGUUUCAGUGGGCUAGUUCCGCUAUGUACGGGAGGUGUGCACGUGGCGGACAAGGGCCGCUUGUGCGUAGGCAGUACGAGGCUACAGACGACAUCACACCUGAGCUUGCUAGGAGCCUCAAGUUUAUGCGAGCUCUUUUAGAUGUCGUAGGCAUUGCUUGUACGAUCCCAAAGCUGGUUUUGGAGGCCUUCCAGGCGAAUGUGUCGGAUGGCUUGUCGCGUGGUGGCACAGCUGACGACUGGACACGUCAGCAGGACUGGCUUCUAG